AUGAGGGAUCCUAUUGAUAAUCGAGCGGCUAUUGACCGAUUGCGAGCCUUAUUCAAGAAUUCCGAUCCUGAACCCGAAUAUGAACCUAUCUCAAGCAGCUCUAGUAUCCACGAAGAUGAUGUUCGCAGACCCGUCCUCGUUUUACCAGAUCAAGUCGAGGGGGAGCCAUUUUCAUGGUUUGAGUAUGGGAUCUUUAUGUUAAUCGGAGUGGCAAUGCUCUGGGCAUGGAAUAUGUUCUUAGCAGCCGCACCAUAUUUUCAAAGCCGAUUCCAGGACAAUGAGAGUAUCCUCCAGCACUUUCAAUCUGCGAUCACUUCCGUUGGAACGAUUACGAACCUCGGAUCUACCCUACUCCUCAGUCAUUUGCAAUUGAAUGCCUCGUACCCGAAACGAAUUAUAUCCUCCCUCGUCCUUAAUACUAUAGUCUUCACGCUUCUUGCGAUAUCCACUUCAUACUUUCGCGAUGUUUCAUCAAGCGGUUAUCUGGUCUUCACAUUGAUCAUGGUAUUCGCGACCUCUUGCGCAACUGGGCUUUUACAAAAUGGGGCAUUUGCAUUUGCGUCGAGCUUUGGCAGACCGGAAUACAUACAAGCUAUUAUGACUGGGCAAGCAAUUGCCGGAGUUUUACCUUCAGCAGCACAGAUUGCGACGGUUCUGGCUGUUCCGCCACCAGACCAUUGGGCCGACGUAGAUACGGAGGUUGCAGAUGUAAAGGAAAAUACCACUUCGGCCUUUGUUUAUUUCUUGACGGCUACCGUCAUCAGUGUUCUCACAUUAGUCUUCGUCUUCCCCUUACUUAGAAAGCAAAAUCGAAUCCUCGAAAGCCGCGCGGCAUCAUCAGCUGAUAGUGAUGAUGAGAGUGAUGAGAGCGGGAAGAAUAAGGUCGUUGGUAUGGUCAGACUGUUCAAGAAACUUUAUUGGUUGGCAGGAGGAGUGUUCAUGUGUUUCGCUGUGUCAAUGUUCUUCCCAGUGUUUACAUCAAAAGUGGUUUCAGUAGUACCCGCUGAUGGUGCUUCUCGAAUACUUCAACCUGAGGCUUUUAUUCCCCUUGGAUUUCUGGUUUGGAACAUCGGUGAUCUGUGUGGCCGUCUGCUACCACUUCUACCUUUUCAUACCAAGGCUCGACCGAUCCCACUUUUCAUAUUCUCUAUUCUUCGAAUUGGCUUUGUUCCGUUAUAUCUUCUGUGUAACAUUGAGGGUAAAGGGGCCAGAGUCAACAGCGAUGUUUUCUACCUUCUCGUCGUUCAAGGUGGAUUUGGACUUAGUAAUGGUUGGCUUGGCAGUUCUUGCAUGAUGGCAGCCGGUGAUUAUGUUGAUGAGGAAGAACGAGAAGCAAGCGGACCUUUCAUGAUGAUCAAUCUUGUAGCAGGUUUGAUGGCUGGCUCACUCCUCAGUUUUUCUGUGGCUGGGAUUUCGUGA